AUGUUAGCGGUUGCUGUUUUUAUCGCAGCCGUAAAAGCAGCAGUGUCUUCAGUCUUGCGACCCAUUUCUAGAAAAACGCCCCCGCGCUUUGUUUGUUUGAUCGACUUUAUGUCUACUCCAGUCUCUAUCGGGUUAACCUUGGUUUUGAUUUCCUUGAGGAGAUCGGCGUACGUUCGCCCUUCAGCUGGUUGGACAAGUACAGCCUUUGUUCUUGUCUUCUUCAUCCUCGGUUUCUUAGAGCCACCCUUACUUGGCUGGUUUUAA